AUGGCAGAGAAUCACACCACGAGGACUGCGCCGUUUUACAGCGUCCCGUCCCGUCGUAUCGUCUCCAUCGAGCAUCCUGCCAUUAUCAAGAACGUUGACAAGGCCAUUGAUACGCUUCAAGGAAAGGCGGGAAUUAUCAAAGCCCUUGACCCGCCUAAGGCGGAUACUCCGGCAAACCUUGUGCUUCGGCCAGAGGACGCAAUGUCAAGACCAAUGCAGUCUCUAAGCUCGGCCUCGAAUAACAUUCUUCUCCAAGUGACCGUCCCCAAGCGGACAGGUCGAAAGCGAAAGAGGGGUUCGAAUGAUCCUUUCACCGAUGAUCCAGCUUCUGAGGCUCAUGAUGGGCCGCCACGGCCUACUGCGCGCCAGUUCAUGCGGAGCCUGCGUGAUAACGUAGGGAAGUACCAGGUUGAGCCUGUUGGAUCAGUUGAGCGCACGCAUGUGUUUCGAGGGAUGCCGGACUUUGUCUUCUCAACCACCAAAAGCCCGUUCGUCAAUCGGUUCCGUGAGAAGAUAUUGCCAUUCGAUUUCGAAAAGAUGAAAGAGUUCGACCUAGAUAUGAGUAAAGGAGCCACCUCAAACGUCGACCUCAUCCCUCCUCCCUCUUUCAGCCACGGAGACAUCCCCUUUAACUACUUCUAUCGCCAAAACCCAACCGUUCGCCAAACCCUCGACACUUCCGGCAACAUCACAACAGUCAACACCCAACAAGCUGCUAAAGUCCUCACCCACCUCGUCCCCUUCGACGUCGCCACCGUCCCCUCAUCCCCACGCCCCAACUGCCCCCCAAUCGAAUCCCUGGAACCCGUCCUCCGCGAAACAAUCUCCAUCGUCCUCUCCCGCUUCGAGUCCCGCCCGGCCUGGUCCCGCCGCGCCCUCCGCAACUCCCUCAGCACAAUCGAACAGCGCUACGCCCUCCGCCAUGCAGUCCCUUACGCAGGGUACAUCUUCCGCUCUGGCCCCUGGCGCGACGCCAUCAUCCGCUUCGGCCACGAUCCCCGCUCCGACCCAUCCUCCCGAAUCUACCAAACAACAAUGUUCCGCAUCCUCCCCGGAACCUCCGAGACAGCCCGCGACAACAGAGAGAGCAGAGACACCUCCGGCGGUCGCCGGCACACGCUCCUCCCGCGCCCCAACGACCUCACCAACCCCGAAGCUGCAACAUCCGAAACAUCCCACCUCUUCACUGGUCAACCCCCAUUACCGCUAGACGGCCGAAUGUGGAUGUUCUGCGAUAUCACAGACCCGCUCCUCCAAUCCAUCCUCUCCCCCUCCCCCGAACCAGCAAACUUCCUCCGCAAAACCUGCGACACCACAGUCGAUGGGUGGUACGGCAAUGGCACGACGGCCAAGCUAAAAGCCAUAAUGAGGCACAAGAUCCUGGCUUUAUAUGAAGGGCGCACCACCGAUGAUUCCGAGUACGCGGCGCUCCUGGACUUGCCGGACCAUGCGAGCCCUGCAACGGGGCUUGCUGGGUUUGGUCUUGAUCCUGGGCGUGCGACGGCUACGGCUAUGAUGCUUGGGACGGAGAUUAGGAGUACGAUUAAGGGGGCAUUGACGUGGAAGGAGAUGGUGAGGGGGAAACAGGGGAGGGGUGAUGGUGGUGGUGGAAACGAAGAGCAGGGUGGAGUGAAUGUAGAAGACGAAGGCGAGGGAGAAGGGGUAGAAGAGGAAGAAAGUGAAGGUGAGGAAGAGGCGAUUGAGCAGGAGGAAAUGAUGGAGGCGGCGGCUGAGGCUGUGGAGUCAGCUGCGAAGCGGAAAGAAGAGGAAGGCAAUGAUAAUGAUGACGAUGAUGUGGAUGAUGAGAUGGAAGGAUGA